GGUGAGGAAGGGGCGGGGCAUGGCGGCACCGGGCGUGGCCGCCGCCAGUGAUUGACAGGCGUGGUGGGGCGCGGGUGAUUGACAGCUGGGGCCGAGGCAGAGACUUUCACUUCAAUCGGCGCUCCGUUGCUGAUCGGAGAGAGGGGUUGAGAAAAAAAAAAAAAUCAAACCGUGACUGAGACGUACUGAGUGUGUGGAGUGGAUGCUUCCAGUUAAUUAACGAACUGUUUGUGUCUUGUAUAUUUUUCUCUUGGGUGGUGGACAUCGCUUUAACUUGAUGAAGAUGAAGGUGCUGAUGAAGCUGCCCGAUCCCGAGGAGGAGGAGGAGGAGGAGGAGGACGACGAGGAGGAGGAGGAGGAGGAGGAGGACGACGAAGAAGAGAAGGACGAGGAUAACGACGACGACGACGAGGGGGUGAGAGCGGACCCCGCUAUGCCGCCGCCGCCGCAGAAGGAGGCGGUGUACGAGUGGUUCGGCUCGGCCCUCACAUCGGCCCAGAGACUAGAGUUCUGCUGCGGCCUCCUGGACUUGUGCCACCCGCUGGAACUGCGCUUCCUCGGCAGCUGCCUGGAGGAUCUGGCUCGCAAGGACUACCACUCACUGCGGGACUCGGAGAUCCGCGCCAACAACGCCGCCGACCUGGCCACCAUCGGCGACGUUACGGACGAGGUGGUGCGUAGCAAGCUGGUGGUCUCGCUGGCUCUCCUGGGCUCGGAGAACCGGGAGGCGGCCGCCGUGCUGGCCCGAGCCCUCGGCCGCAUCGACUCGGUCAUCCGCAACUACGGGCUACAGCUGACGGAGCGCGGCGUUCAGGAGUUCCUGCUGCUGCUCACCAUGGCGUCCAACCACCCGGCCUUCUCCUUCCACCAGAAGGAGACGCUGCGCGAGCAGCUGGCCGGCCUGCAGCAGAGACGGCGCGGGGGGGCCGCCGCCAACGGCCGCAAGUUCCAGAACACCGUCGCCAAGGAGCGUUUCUCCAGGAAAACCUAUUCUUUGGGGACAGAAAGUAAUUAUUAUGAGAGGCCACCUCUAUCUUCUGAAGAAGGGGCAGAAGCAAUCACUCAGCGACCAGGUGUGCAGAUUGAAAAUAUUAUCUUUAAGAAUGUAUCAAAAAAGAGAUCUGAAAACUACUGGGAGUAUACAUUUGAUGUCAUUAGGACUGACCAUUCAACGUGUACUGUGAGAAAAACACACCAUGAUCUUCAGGAGUUUUUAACUAAACUUCCCAAGGAUAUUUCUCUUGAUGCUUUUGGCAAGACUGUAUUGCGGGCAUUCAAUCACAGUUCUCAGACAAGAGAAGACAGGAAGCACUCUGAUAUAGAGUCAAUUAUAAGGCAACUGUUCUUUUCGCCCUCUCGCUCUUUCUUAAGAAGUGACCAUGUUUUUGAAUUCUUCGGGAAGCCUUCUGACCACAGUCAGUUUCAUACAAAUUUACAGCCAGUGUUAAAAUUGUCUAAAUCUACAGAGCACUUCAAAGAAGACAGUUCAGAAGCUUCCAGUCAGGAAGAAGAUGGAAAGCAGCAAACGCUUCAUUACAAAAAUAUGGGGAAAGCUAGAGUCUGCAGUGUCCCGAGUGUAAAAUCGCCAGGGAUUGGUGUAGGCUUACAGCACUCUGAGCAAAAUGGUGCCUUGGACUGGAGGAAAAGGAGCUACAGCACAAAACACAGCACCGAACACUGUACAGCUGUGAUGGAACAUUGUUUGACGGAAGACAAAAGAAAUGCUUCAUCUGGGAAUAAAAAGUUGAACACUCGCAUUGAUGUUAAAAACAAGGCAGACCGUGGCAAUCAAAGGGCACCUGUUGGUAAUGGCAUUCUCAGAAUUCCCCCUAUGUGGACUGGAUCAGGAAAAGAAUUAAGGGAUGUUGGCUGUGGUCUAGAGGCAUGUGGAGACAGCUCUUCAGAAAGUUACAGUUCUCCUUCCAGCCCAAGACACGAUGGGAGAGAGAGCUGUGAAAGUGAAGAUGAGAAAGACAAAGAUUCUGACAGCACAUCGGAGGAUUCUGUGAAGGAGAGGCAGAAAGAGAUGCCUCCCUGUAACCCUGCUCGUGGAUCUACCAGCAGGCCAACUGCUCAGGUUGCACCAGUGCGGAGUGAGAAUGGUACCCUUCCAGGGAAUCCGCCAGCCCCUUUGCUUCCUCGCAUUCCACUGAUGCCUCCUGCACACUACAUGAUGCAAAACGGUGGAACAAAACCAGACUAUGUUCCUCCUGUAGAUAGUAAAACUAUGGGGAUGAUUGUAACCAUCCCUCCUGCUGUUGCCUCUCUUCGAGAUUCUUCGCACAUAACGUCAGUUGGUGCUGCAGAAACGGGGAAGAGACUUGACCUAAUGUCCUCGCCCAUGUCAGUGGCAACUCCUUUCCUUCUGCAGGCUGCUGGUCCGGCUCUACAUCCAAUGGUGCAUAGACAUAAAAUGACAGCACCACAAAUUAAUUUGGAGAACCGCCAUGUUCCUGGACCCCAGCCACCAGCAGGCAUUGUGAACAUUGGAUCAGCCAACACUGCCUUCAUCCCAGUUCAAAGCCAUUCUCCACCUGGGAAACUUCCAGCAUCAUCUGUUUUAGAUCCUACUGCUAAACCAACACAGAAUCUAGCAGGACUGAACACCUUGUUGCCUCAGACUGAUGGAAAUAUAGCAGCAGCACCUGAAUCUGCCAUUUUAAAAGUAAUGCUUCCUGCUGCUGCUCUGCCACCACAACCUGGCUCAUACAAGUUAAGUGGGACUCCAGCUAGUGUUUUGCCUUUACAGGGAACAGCAAGCACACCAUCCCCUGUAGGCCAAAUCCAAUCCACUGGAUCUUCUGUCCCCACCCACACUCCGGGCCCUGUACCAAGCCUGAAUACUGCAUUAACUCAUAGCACAGCUCAGAGUGAUAGCACCUCUUACAUAAAUACAAUAGGAAAUACUAGUACUAAUGGGACCAUUCAACCAGUUCAGCAGGUUGCCUGUGGGGCUUGUAGUUCUUGUGGAUGCCGAGGUAGCUGUGGGAACAAUGGUAAUCCACUGUUUAAUUACUACUAUCCUAGUACGAUCCCGAGCCAGUUUAUCAGAGUUCCGUUAAUCCCUUUAAGUGGAAUGGCUUCUCUUUGUAAUGGUAGCUACCUCAACCAAGCACAUCAAAACAAUGGAACCCAGAUGCCCUUUUAUCAGAAUCCUUACACUAAUGGACUAAUGCAUGAUCCUAUGGCAAAUCAGACAAACUAUGGGAUACAACAAAUGCCGGGAUUUGUCCGUGGAUUUCCAUUAAUGUACCAAGUAGCUAACAUGGUCACUAAUGUCAAUGGGUUAGGACCUAAAAAGAAUGGAACUGCAUCUUGCUAUAAUUGUGGUGUAGGCGGACACCAUGCACAAGAUUGUAAACAACCAUCCAUGGAGGCAAGUCAACCAGGUGCCUUCAAAUUAAAGUUUGCUCCACCUCAUGAUUUGGAUCCAGCUGAUUAAGCUAGAACAUUCAUCAUUUUAGCAAUGAGCCUUAUUUUGUGGGUCUGACCCUAACCACACAGUUGAUGCUCUCUCGUCCAGCAAAAAACUGAAUGGGUUUUCUAAAUGUGUUUGGGAUUAAUAAGUGGUCACUGAAGUCUGGAUCGCCUUGAACUUAUUGUGGCAUUUAUUUCCUCUGAACGCGUCUUCACCUGUUUUGGCUGCAGUGUUCAUGAAGCAGAGCAGUUUAUGUAACGUCCUAAAAAAAUGCUUACAAUAAUGACCUCUGAUUUUGCACUGAUGAAUGUAUUAUACCAAGUGGCACGUGCAAUGUUCAUUGUCUAAUAAUUUAUGGCAGUGUUUUGGAAUCUACCUGUCCAGGAGACACUUGAGCUGGAAUGAGCAGACGUGUUGCCAGUUGAAAUGUUAGGUCACAUCUUACAUCAUGCUACAUCUUUUGUCUGCAACAAAUUGUCUUCAAAUUUUGAGUCUCUUUUGUUCUUGUUUAAUAUUAUUGUAUCCUCUUUCAGUUGUGUGGAAGCAACUCCACUUUCAAAAAUAAACACAUGAAUUUAAAAGUACUUUGUUUGGCCUAAUGGAAAAAUAAUAAAUUUUGGUGUUGACAUGGGUAAUACCUUUUAUAUUGAUCUUUGAAGAAAAUGUUUUGGAAAAUUGAGUGCCUGUAAUAAUGUUUAUAAAAAUUAACAGGAAAG